ACACCUUCCAGGAAGAGACAGUUUUCUCUUGCUAUUAGUAUCCGGGUGCUGCUGCAGGAAUGGUGCUGGAAAACAUUGCUCGGGUUAUUAAAGUACAACUGCCCGCCUACCUAAAGAAGCUGCCAGUACCAGACAGCAUUGCCGGUUUUGUUCGUUUGACAGUUUCCGAAUGGCUACGGUUAUUGCCAUUCCUUGGUGUUUUGGCAUUGUUGGGAUAUCUUGCAAUUCGACCAUUUCUGCCAAAGAAGAAACAGCAGAAAGACAGCCUGAUUAAUCUUAAGAUUCAAAAGGAGAACCCCAAGGUUGUGAAUGAGAUAAACAUUGAAGACCUGCAUCUUGCCAAAGCUGCCUACUGCCGUUGUUGGCGCUCUAAAACAUUUCCGGUAUGUGAUGGAUCCCAUAACAAGCACAAUGAGCUUACAGGAGACAACAUUGGUCCAUUGAUUCUAAAGAAGAAAGAAGUAUAAUGGAUUUCCCCAAUUACAUUCUGUUUAAUAUUGAGUAACCAAGGUCUUUGCCCACAAAUUUUGAACUAAUAAAAGAAAAAAAUCAAUUUUCAAGGUUAA